UGGAAGUGCCAACUACGAGGCCGCAGUCGCUCACUGAAUUCUUACCUAUUGAAUAUUCCCUUGUGCGAGGAGGCAAACUCGUAAAAACAUCGCCAAAAUGUCGACCACAGUUGAGAAGAUCAAACAAAUUGAGGACGAGAUGGCUCGGACUCAAAAAAACAAGGCCACAGCUUUCCACUUGGGACAGUUGAAAGCGAAGCUUGCUAAACUAAAACGAGAGCUGUUGUCUCCGUCAAGCAGCGGUGGUGGAGGUGGUGCUGGUUUCGAUGUUGCUCGUACCGGUGUUGCCAGUGUCGGUUUUAUUGGGUUUCCCUCUGUCGGAAAGAGUACCUUGAUGAGCAAACUGACUGGCCAGCAUUCCGAAGCUGCGGCCUACGAGUUCACAACCCUGACGACUGUUCCUGGACAAGUAAUGUAUAAUGGUGCUAAGAUUCAGAUUCUCGAUCUUCCAGGUAUCAUUCAAGGUGCCAAGGAUGGUAAAGGUCGUGGUCGACAGGUUAUUGCUGUGGCCAAAACCUGCCAUCUCAUCUUCAUCGUGCUUGACGUUAAUAAACCUUUGAUUGACAAGAAGGUCAUUGAGAAUGAAUUGGAAGGAUUUGGAAUCCGGAUCAACAAGCAACCCCCCAACAUCGUCUUCAAGAAGAAGGACAAGGGAGGAAUUGCAAUUACGAGUACCGUUCCCUUGACCCAUAUCGACAGCGACGAAAUCAGGGCUGUCAUGGGCGAGUACAAAAUCUCUUCCGCAGAUAUCUCUAUUCGGUGCGACGCAACAAUUGAUGACCUUAUUGACGUCCUUGAAGCCAAGAGUCGGGCAUACAUCCCAGUUGUCUACGCCUUGAAUAAAAUCGAUGCGAUCUCCAUUGAGGAACUCGACUUACUAUACCGUAUUCCUAAUGCCUGCCCUAUCAGCUCCGAGCAUGGCUGGAACAUUGAUGAGCUGUUGGAAAUGAUGUGGGAGAAGCUCAAUCUCAGACGGGUGUACACAAAACCUAAGGGAAAGGCGCCCGACUACACGGCUCCUGUUGUGCUCAGGGCCAAUGCCUGCACAAUUGAAGAUUUCUGUAACUCAAUUCACCGAACAAUCAAGGAUCAGUUCAAGCAGGCCAUUGUUUAUGGGCGGUCCGUCAAACACCAACCGCAGCGUGUUGGUCUCUCACACGAGCUUGCGGAUGAGGAUAUUGUGACGAUUAUCAAGCGGUAAAAGAUACCAAAAGUUAUCAACUCCCAGGUGUUCGCCUGAACGCGCAACAACCCGUGACGAAUCGCGCUCGAGGAAGUGAAUAGGUUGCUGUGCUAGGUGUGCUUCGCUAAAUGAUUUAUGUCCGAGAGCCCUGGACCUUGUGACAAAUUUUUGCGAGAGGCUACGAGAGUUGUGAUUGGAGGAGGAGAUUUGCGCACGGGCAGCAAGCUGCCAACUGCCGCUUGGGUUUGCAAGAUCAACUAGGUUUGGGGUGCCUGCACUCACGCCUUUAGUCUGCUUUUCUACUGCUACCCGAUGCGAUGCGCCAUCCUUAGCAAUCCUGUGUAAGGAAGCCAACAAGAAGCUUGGUGAGCUCAAUCUGAAAAAGGGGAAGCUGGAAUUAGGUUGAAGGGAGUUAGCGAGGAGGGGGCUGGGUGGUGAGCAGUGUUUCGUCCUGCCAACUUCAUUAUUUCCUCAUUUAU